AUGUCUACCUCAAACGAGCCGUUCUACCUUCGAUAUUAUUCUGGCCACAUGGGCCGCUUCGGUCACGAAUUUCUGGAAUUCGAUUUCCGAGUCGUUGGCGAUGGUCGAAGCGCGGUCGCGAGAUAUGCAAACAACUCCAACUACCGAAAUGAUAGCUUGAUUCGCAAAGAAAUGUGUGUGAGCUCUGUUAUAGUUGACGAAAUCAAGCGCAUUAUCAAGGCCAGCGAAAUCACCAAGGAAGAUGAUUCCAAGUGGCCACAAAAGAAUAAGGACGGGCGACAGGAGUUGGAAAUCCGCAUCGGAAACGACCAUAUCGCGUUUGAGACUGCCAAGAUAGGAUCUCUGGUUGACGUGACAGAAUCUGCCGACCCCGAAGGCCUACGAGUAUUCUACUACCUCGUCCAAGACUUGAAGGCACUCGUCUUCAGCCUAAUUGCCUUGCACUUCAAGAUCAAGCCCAUCUAA